AUGUCAAGGUUCUUGGAUCAGAGAAUUCUGUUGCUAGUAAUUUCAUUUUCAGCAAGUGUGCAGAGUACAAAGGUGCUUUCAAAAUGGAAGAAGUGUGGUGAUCCGGAAUGUGAGAAGGCAAUGAGCCGAGUUCAAGCCACUACCGACUACUUAGGGCCUGACUGCCGGUAUCUUAACUUCAAAACAGGGGAGGAGAUCAUCGUAUACUCCAAACUUUCAAGGGAAAAUGAAAACUUGUGGACAGGAAGUAAAGGAAAGGAUUUUGGCUAUUUCCCAAGACAUGCUGUGGAGGUUGAAGAAGUUUUAAUUGGAGAAGAAGUUGAAGUGUUCACUAAGGAAACUGAUUUCCUUUGUCUUAAUGAAGAUAAGUACAAUUUUGAAAAUGAAGAUAACACAUUACAUGAUCACAAAAAAGAAAGUGAAUAUUCAUUGUCUGAUGCAGAAUCAAAGCUGCAUGAAAAAAACCUCUUAAAAUAUACAAGAGACCCCAUACAAAAUGAAGAAAGAACUGAAUCAGUUUCUGAAAAUGACUCAGAGGAAUCUCACAUUGAGGAGUCUAUAAACAAAAAGUUGGUUACAAAAGAUGAUACUGAAGAGCCACAAAUGCAAAAUAGUCUCCCAGUAGAACCUGUUCAAACUCAGUCUAGUUGGAUUUCAGGAUGGUUCACCACAGAAACUGAUGAAGAGCCCUUAAAAGCUGUUACUGAAUCUUCAGAAGCAAGUAAUUAUCAAGGCAGAGAAACAGAGGUAGCAGCUGAAAAUUACAGCUUUACAGAUUUACAGGAGUCAAAUGAUAAGAAGGAACAAGAACCCCCUGCAUCUGGUUGGUUUGAAGGUGGACUGACAAGCUUUCUGUAUUUUGGUGAAAAGAAUGAAGAUGUUGAUUUGGCAUCAGAAAAGAAUGAUCCACAAACCCAUGAUGUCUCUGGUGUGCCCGAGCAUUCUAGUACUGAACAGGGAACAACAGCCACUGAGGUAUUGCCUCAAGAAGAAACGAGUGGAAGCCAAGAAUCCAAAUCAAAUUGGUUUAAUUUGGGUUUAAGUGAUGUUCUUAAUUUUGGCCAUGCUGAGGAAGCUACAAUUGCUACAGAGGACCAGAGAAGCAGAGAAACAACGGUUCAAGCAAAUAAGAAUGAGGAAGAGCAGACUUUAGACCAGAAAGAAUUACAUAUGGGCAAAGAAUCAAAGGAAACAUUUAAUGCGGUGACAGAUGAAGGAGAUGAGAAUUAUGCACAAGAAAUAAAAGAUUCAAACAGUAACAGACCAAAUCCUGGGGAGGUACCAGCAUGUGCACAUACUCUUAAUGACACCAAAAACACCUCAAAUAGCAGAGAAUCAUCUUUUGAUACACUAACACAUGACAAAGAGAAGCCAAAUGAACUUCACAGCUCAGAAGAAGACUUGGUAUCAGAAAGCCAACUGCUGAGAAAUAGUGGAGCUGAAAAGAAAAAUCAGGAGUCAGAAAGCAGACGUGGCCAAUCAGGAGUAGGCAGAAGAAAGCUACUAGAAGAAACACCAGAGAAGGAGUAUGAAAUGUAUGUAGCUGAAGACAGUGAACAUGACAGUGAUCAAGAUUCAAAAGCAACAGCCAUUGCUUCAGUAAAUUCUGAAACAAAAAUGGACGGUUCAGCAUCUGACUCUGAGGCUGAUGUCAAAACGUCUUUCUCUGAUGCCAUCCAGAACUAUGUUCCAAGUAAUGAAGGAGGCUGGAUACAUCAGAUAUUUGAUUGCUUGAAUGCUCUUGAGUUCAGAGAAACAAUAAAAUCUGCAUCAUCAGCAGUGGUGAUUAUCAUCCAAACGGCUGUGGCUUCACUGCCUGAAGAUAUGAGACCUGGGCCUGAUCUGUAUGGUUUCCCGUGGGAAAUAGUGAUUUGUGCUGGCAUUGUUGGAGCCUUGACCAUUCUGCUGUUCCUGUACAGAAGUUAUCAAUCAGUUAGAAGUCGACUUUAUGUAGGAAGGGAAAAACAGCUUGCCAAUAAAGUUGCUGAACUAGUUGAAGAAAAAUGCAAAAUUCUUGAAAAACUCAGCCUCUGCAAAAAAGAGUUUGAAGAUUUACAAUUGUCUCUGAAGGAUGGUAACACUACGAAAGAAUCAACAGAUGCAUCUUUUAUUGAGAAAAUGCAUGAAAAGCUGAACAAGUCAAACUUGAAACUGAACGAGGAAAUAGAGAAUCUGGAAAAAGAACUGGAAGAAGAAAAAUCAAAGCAGUUGGAAAAUGAUACCUUGGUGGCUGAAAUUCAGGAGAAAGUGGAGUCUUUAGAGAAUGAAGAAAAAUCUAUCCAGUCACAAAUUGAUGAGGCCAAGUCCACCUUAAAAGUGUAUCAGAUUAAUACUGAGAGACUCAAGACAUCUGUUCAAGAUGCAGUAGAUGAAAACAGCCAUCUCCAGGAAAGUGAAAAACAGCUUUUACAGGAAGCUGAAGGAUGGGGUGAACGACUUAGUGAACUAAAUGAACAAACAAAGAUGUUUGAGUCUUCUAAAACAGAUGUAGAAGAAGUUUUGAAAAAUAAAGAGAGUCAAAUCAAGUCACUGACACAAUAUAUACUGAACAUGAAAGACUGGAGUUCAGCAAUAAAAGAGGAUGGUGACACUGAAGACAACCACUGGGACACAGAUAUAAAGGGGGAAGCAGAGAAUGGAGAGCACUUGGAUGAUGAGCAAAAACGAACUGUAAAGAAAUUGAUCUAUGCUGCAAAGUUAAAUGCUUGUUUAAAGACCAUGGAAGCAGAAAGAGACCAAAUGUAUUCAAAACUGUCUGAUGAAAAUAAAGCUAAAGAAGAACUUAUGGAACGCAUAGAAACCCUCCAAAGCCAGCAAGCUUCCUUGCAGUCUGAAAAUGAAUCUUUUGAAAGCGAAGUUCAAAAGCUUCAGCAGAAGCUUAAAGUAAUGACUGAGCUUUAUCAGGAAAAUGAAAUGAAACUACACAGGAAGUUGACAGUAGAAGAGAGGGAACGUCUACAGAAGGAAGAAAAACUUUCUAAAGUAGAUGAAAAAAUUAUUCAUGCUGCUGAAGAACUUAACAGCUACAGAGAGCGAGCAAAGGACCUGGAAGAGGAGCUGGAGAGAACCAUUCGUUCUUAUGAGAAUCAGAUUACUUCACAUGAGAAAAAAGCUCAUGAUAAUUGGCUGACAGCCCGAGCAGCUGAAAGACACCUCAAUGAUAUAAAAAAAGAAAAUGCACAUAACAGACAAAAAUUAACUGAAGCAGAAUUUAAACUUGAACUUUUAGAAAAAGACCCUUAUGCUCUUGAUAUUCCAAUGAGACCAUUUGGCAGAGAGCAUUCCCCAUAUGGACCCUCACCAAUGGGCCGGCCUUCAUCUGAAACAAGAGCUUUUCUUUCCCCUCCAACUUUAUUGGAGGGUCCUUUAAGGCUUUCACCUAUGCUUCCAGGUGGAGGAGGAGGAAGAGGAUCCAGAGGACCAGCUGCCAUGUACGAAGCUGGAAGUGAAAGAGGAGAGCUGAAUUCUGAUAGAUUAACAGAUGCCCACAGACCACCAUCAGAUACUGGAUCCCUGUCUCCUCCUUGGGAGAGAGAACGCAGGAUAAUUCUGCCUCCACCAGGUGAGCCUUAUGCUGAUCCAGCUCUUCCUGCUCGAAGACAAGAAAGAUUUUUCCCUAAUCCUCCAAAUACUGGAAGACUUUCUGGACCAGCAGAACUACGAGCUUACAAUGUUCAGUCUUUUGAUAAAACAGAUGGACAGACAUCUUCAGAACAUAGUCCACGAACAGAACCAAGUGGAGAGGGGAUGAAGGAUCAUUCUAACCUUAGUAACUCGCUCCCUGAUCAGUCGCUGGCGCCUGAAAGUGAAGCUGUGGCUUCAGGGUUUGCACCCCCACCUUUCCCUCCAGUCAGACCCCCGCUGAUGCCUGUGGAUCCCAGAGCACCACCAGUACCUUUCAUGAGGAGAGGCCCUCCUUUUCCUCCUCCUCCUCCUGCUGCCAUCUACGGGCCACGGGAAUGCUUUCCAGGGCCACGGGAAGGCUUUCCAGCACGGGACUUCGGGCCUCCGCGCCCUCCGCUGCCAAUAAGAAAUCCAUUUCCAAUGAGACCUUAUCCUCACUAUCCACCUCCACGACCUGGAUUUUUGCCUCCACCACCUCCUCCUGAAAAUAGAGUUGAACCAUCUCAGUCAAAUCCAUCAGCUGUAGAACCAGAACCACAGCAGGAGACUUGACAGUCAUCUGGGGAAUGUCCUGAACCAGUUUUGUGCUCUCCUACUGGCAUUUUUCCUUAUGUUAAGUAACCAUUGUUACUUAGGUCUAUACAAAGUACUUCGCUCAAAUUGAAGCUUAAUAGGAAAAAUUCUCAGGAUAGUAUUUUGUAAAUAAAGAAUUAAAUACCUAUGAAUAUUGUGAAUAAGUGAUUUCCACUGUACAAUAGUCAUUUUAAAUUACGCAUUUCUAACUUGAGUAGUCUCUUCAGAGGUGUAUAAAAUUAAAUCAUGUGAAUCUUAUUGUAAAAGUCCAGCUGCUUUGUGCUGGUUGAGCUGUACAGGGAGUCUCUCUGCAUGCCAAAAGUGAUGCUUGCUGCUUUAUGAAUAGGAUGUGAAAACAAAUGGAAACAGUUAAUAAAAAUCUACAGAAAAUGAAAGCAAUGUCACUGGUAACAUGGUAUAAUAGAUAGGUAAAGAUGAAUAACCAUGAUUCUUCACUAGAGUCCCCUCUGUUCAUGGCCUCCUAGGUGAUCUUUCAGCUCUCAAGAUCUACACUGUGGCAGUUCUCCUGCCAUGACACUGAGGGGGAAGAGGCAGCAGAAAAGCUGAGCAACUCUCCCAUUACUCUUCAAAAGCUGGAGUGGAGUAGUGUUUAGUGAAGAUGUGUACAGUGGGUUUUUAUGACCUGGGAGCAAGGAGUCAUAGCUAGGAUAUGCUCUAGCACAGCCCAGCCCUUGCUUUUGAAGACACAAGUCUGCAGCAAACCAGUAGGAGGGGUGUGUUUUUACUGUCUCAACGUAAAUUUGGUUUAUUAGGUUUCAGGUUUUUCAGUAUUAGGAAAAUGCUGGGCAGGACAAAAGCAGAAUUAAAAAGUACAAGAAGGAAGUGGCAAACUGCAGCAUUAAGGUCUUUGUCUGUGAAAGGAGUUGGGGUGGUACCUGGUUCACCUCCUCAGGUUCCUGUGUGGUGCUUCCCCGGCAGGAGUGGCUGUCCAGCAGGCACUGUGCAGGGCGGGGCUGCCCAGAGCCGGGCUGCACCUGGGCAGGGCCCAGCUCAGCUUUCACUGGUGACUGUACAACCUAAAGAUUUCUGCCAGCAGCUGGUGGCUGUUCUGACAGCUUGGCUUCAACUUGAAAAUAAUGUAAGGACUCCAUUCAGUCACUUGGUAAGGGACCCUCUAAGAUAAAGAAGCAAACUGGUUUUAGCAAGCCUCAAGUCAGCAGCAGUUCAACCAGCAGCCUCCAUUCUCUGCAUGCACACACACAUAACACAGUUUCAGGCUUUAAUGUAAAUGCAGCCACCACACCCCAUAAUUAGAAGUUACCAAAAAAAACUCCAGCCCACUUUUUUUGUAAUUGCUUAGGUAGAGUCUGCCAAGAGAGCAUUUUCUCUUGUAGCUCAGUCUUCCUGCUCCUACCACUGUUUCCACGUUGGCUUGUUUCAGCUGUAGAACUCUUCCAUGGCUCACUCCUGUAAUUUCUUUAUCCCUUCUACUUCUAGUUUAGCCCUCAUUUAGGUUAAGCAUUUGUACUCCAGUGAUUCAAUGACAGAUUCUGACAACAGACAUUUUAAAGCAUCAUCCAUGUUAAAUUAACCACGCAGUUUAACGUGGCUGUUGCAUCAGCUUUAGCCAAUUAGUUGAUGGCUAUGAGUUUGCCUGAGAGACUUCACAAGGAUUCUCAAAGGAAUUACUGAGUUUUACCCUUGUCCUUGUCAACAGCCCUAGGAGCAACCAGAACUGCCAAAUACAGCCUUACCCCUGCACAGAGAACCAGGGUAGAGCACAGAAAUCCUGGGCUGAUAACACUGCCAUAAACCUUUUUCAUUCCUUGCCCAACUCACCUGGGAGGUGCAAAAACUAUUUAUGAAUGCAUCUCUGUUUUCUGAGCAAACACAGUAUUUUUUCCCCGUGGGUUAAAUACUUGUUCUAAGUUAACUCUGAAAAAUUCUUCCUCCACCAAAACAGUCUAUGCCCACAAUGGUACUGAAAACUGCAGGCAAAAGGAAAGCUAGCUGAACUAAGAAAAUGCAGGAAAAGCAUGGGUUGGAUCAUCCUGCAGAGAGAAUGGCAUAAUUUGAAACAUUUUUCCCCUCCCUAGUAGCAGUCCAAAAUUUUAUUUGCAAAUUUGGAGGCAAGGUCAGGUUCGUGUAACAGGAAGCAGGUAGAUGGCAACCUGUCAAAUGCAGGAAGGCCACACAAAAGUGUAUGUGAGGAAGUCCCUGUUCUGCCACCCCCAAAAGAAUAAGCAUAAGAAUAAAUUUUGACAGAUGAAGGCUUGUGUUCCAAGCUCCUACAGCUCAGCCUAGAAUGCAGAAGACUGACAUUGCCAUCUCUUCAGCAAAUACAAAGAAACAACAAAAGUAAAAUUCCUUUUGGGAUCGUGCAAGUUCAAAGUAAUUUUGCAAUAUUUUGUAAGGUCCCACUGCAAAUGCAAGAGAAUAUUAUCUCAAUUUCCUAACAAUUACAGAUCACUUCAGCUUGAAUCCCCUCAUCCUGGGGUAUCACUAAUAAAGAUUACUGCUGAAAAUACAGGCAGACAACAAACCUCACUUCUAUCUAUUCCUAAGAGAGGAGAAAAAUCAGGGGUGCAUUUCUCCACCACUGCUUAAGGUAUGGCUUUCACCACACCCUCCUGCUCUAAUGGACUCCCUGAAACUUCCAAGAUGGAUUCUAGCCAUCUGUUUUAGGUACAGUGACUUCAUCCCUGACACAAGCCACAGCCGGUGAGCAGACUCCAGGCUGUAUGAAACAAAUCAGACCUGGAGCAUUCUGACAAUGCGCAGCCAUUGCUAAGCGCCAGCUCUGGCUGCAGCUGCAGCGAGUGAAAGGGCUGCACAGGCCCCUGCUGCAGUUAAGUGAGCUGCUUCCCCUGCUCCUCAUCAUAUCUUUCAAGAUUAAGUUAAUUAAAACAAAGCAGAAAAUAGGUUAGACCAAACAGAUUAAAAACACAUUUAUACAACAGAAAGGCAAACAGGUUACUUCCCAACUCUAUUUAGUAAGGCAGUUACCCAUAAAAUGCCAUAGCUUGCAGAGAUAAAAUUACCAUUCUGCAACUGUUUAAACCGGAGGACACAGAAUUUGCUUUGUUUCUGGCUUUUUCUGUGUGACUUCCUGAAAUCUUGAACCCUUCAAAACCAAACUUCAGGUUCAGAUGCUACUGAGCCAUCACCAUCAGAUUUAUCUGCUACAUAAGCCUCCCUUCUGAGGCCGAGCCCUGAAAGGCACCGAAACAAGUCCCAGUAUUUCACUUUCCUGGAACAUGAAAAGCUGUAACUGUACUUAUUUUAUCUUAAUCCCCCACAGCGUCUCUUCAGUACAUUGGCAAAUGAUCUUGCUUACCACAUCUGGAAGAUCCAGGAAACUGCUUGAACAAGCAGUGCAGUUUUCACACUUGGCAGCGGUUUGGGCUAUGGUACCAUGAAGUUCAGGAGCUCGAAUGAAGUCCGUGCUUGGCACGCACACACUGACCAGCCACUCUGACAAGCCUCACAGCACAGUCAGCCACUGCAGGGCACAGCAGCUCUCCACCAGCUGAGCAGACAUUGCAGCUUUCAUUCAGAAGGCACAGCUGUGUACUCUGAGUACGGAUAAAACGUCAAACUGAAGCGUUGCAGGUAUUCAUAAUCUAUUUAAUAGUGGGACACCAAAGAAGUACUACACAUUUUUCUUGAGCACAUUAGAUUUUGAUUUAAGCAAUUGCAAUUGAUGAAGUAAUUUCUCAAAAAUAGUCUUCUAUAUUCUACAAUCCACAGUUUACUGUAUCAGUCUAAUAGGUCAUAUAAUGAUAUACUGUUUGUGCUAACUGGUCUGAUCUUUAGCAAAGCAUCCUUCCCAUUCCUCCACCACCCCAAAAAGUGUUGACAAAAUUCAGCCAAAUUUAAAAAAAUUGUGUGACUUAUUUUAGAUUUUUCUGCUGACCUAAACACAAUGGGAGCUACUAGUUAUACACAUCUCAUGAACGAUGUUGCAUUUUAAUUCUAGAAAUCUUCAUGCUGAUAACAAUAAAGUAUUUUAUACAGCGA